AUGCUGGGGCAAGACACGGCCAGGUCCGUCCUGUUCCUCCAGGAAAGUCCCCUCUCCGCCCUCCCUCUCCAUCUCCUCUUGCCCACGUCCUCCCCCUCCCCUUCUCCCCCAUCCCACCGCCCCCGCCCCGCGUCAUCGCCCCCUUUCCCCUCCCACCUCCGGGCCGUGGUGCGGCGCAGCUGUCUCCUCCUCCGCAGUCUCGGCGGGAGCUCCGGGUGCUGUGGCCGGGCCUUGGCUGGGCUGCCUUCAGCUCAGGCUAGCUGAGAGGCUCCCAGCUGCAGCGUCCCCGCCCGCCUCCUCGGGAGCUCUGAUCUCAGCUGACAGUGCCCUCGGGGACCAAACAAGCCUCGCAGGAAAAUAUUAGAAGAUCAAAAUGGAAAAUAUGCUACUUUGGUUGAUAUUUUUCACACCCGGGUGGACCCUCAUCGAUGGAUCUGAAAUGGAAUGGGAUUUUACGUGGCACUUGAGAAAGCUACCCCGGAUUGUCAGUGAAAGGACUUUCCAUCUCACCAGCCCCACAUUUGAGGCAGAUGCUAAGAUGAUGGUAAAUACAGUGUGUGGCAUCGAAUGCCAGAAAGAACUCCCAACUCCCAGCCUUUCUGAAUUGGAGGAUUGUCUUUCCUAUGAGACUGUCUUUGAGAAUGGCACCCGAACCUUAACCAGAGUGAAAGUUCAGGGUUUGGUUUUUGAGCCGACUCAAAAUACCACAAAGGGAGCAUCUGUUAGGAGAAAGAGACAGGUGUAUGGCACUGACAGCAGGUUCAGCAUCUUGGACAAAAGGUUCUUAACCAAUUUCCCUUUCAGCACAGCUGUGAAGCUCUCCACGGGCUGCAGUGGCAUUCUCAUCUCCCCUCAGCACGUUCUAACUGCUGCCCACUGUGUUCAUGAUGGAAAGGACUAUGUCAAAGGGAGUAAAAAGCUAAGGGUAGGGUUGUUGAAGAUGAGGAAUAAAAGUGGAGGCAAGAAACGUCGAGGUUCAAAGAGGAGCAGGAGAGAAACUAGUGGUGGUGACCAAAGAGAGGGUACCAGAGAGCAUCUGCAGGACAGAGUCAAGAGUGGGAGAAGAAGAAAACAAUCUGGCCGGGGUCAGAGGGUUUCCGAAGGGAGGCCUUCCUUCCGGUGGACCCGGGUCAAGAAUACCCACAUUCCGAAGGGCUGGGCACGAGGAGGCAUGGGGGACGCUGCCUUGGACUAUGACUAUGCUCUUCUGGAGCUGAAGCGUGCUCACAAAAAAAAAUACAUGGAACUCGGAAUCAGUCCAACGAUCAAGAAAAUGCCUGGUGGAAUGAUCCACUUCUCAGGAUUUGAUAACGAUAGGGCUGAUCAGUUGGUCUAUCGGUUUUGCAGUGUGUCCGACGAAUCCAAUGAUCUCCUUUACCAAUACUGCGAUGCUGAGUCGGGCUCCACCGGUUCCGGGGUCUAUCUGCGUCUGAAAGAUCCAGACAAAAAGAAUUGGAAGCGCAAAAUCAUUGCGGUCUACUCAGGCCACCAGUGGGUGGAUGUCCACGGGGUUCAGAAGGACUACAACGUUGCUGUUCGCAUCACUCCCCUCAAAUACGCCCAGAUUUGCCUCUGGAUUCACGGGAACGAUGCCAAUUGUGCUUAUGGCUAACAGAGACCUAAAACAGGGCGGUGGAUCAUCUAAAUCACAGAGAAAACCAGCUCUGAUUAUUGUAGUGAGAUCACUUCAUAGGUUAUGCCUGGACUUGAACCCUAUCAAUGGCAUUUCAACGUUUUUCAAAAUCAGGAGAUUUUCAUCCAUUUAAAAAAUGUAUAGGUACAGAUAUUGAAACUAGAUGGACACUUCAAUGCCAAGUAUAUACUCUUCUUUACGUAGUGAUGAGUUUCAUUUGUAGGAAAAUUUUGUUGCCUUCUUAAAAAUUAGACACACUUUAAACCUUCA